AGAGCCUUUAUAAGGAGUUCAGUCAAAACUCUGGCACUUUCAGACGCGAGAAUAAACGUUGAGGAACUAUCUGUAGUGUCCGACAAUAAUAGUGGCCAUCAAAAAUGGCAGCAUACACAUUACCGGAGGGAUUCUCCGAUUUUGACAUGUUUGCAUUCGGUUCAGCUCUUCUUGUUGGGGGUCUUGUCGGAUUCUUCCUCAACGCCGUUUCAAUAUUGGCCUAUAUUAGCGUAAAGCAAAUGCGAACUCCCAGUAAUUUCCUUGUCUUUAACCUCGCCGUGGCUGACAUUAUGCUCAAUACAACCGGCCUGAUCGCUGCAUAUGCCAGCUUAUCUUACAGACACUGGCCCUGGGGCCAAGAUGGAUGUAGCAACCACGCCGUCAUAGGGAUGACAGCAGUUCUGGCCUCUAUCAGUUUCCUGGCUACCAUCGCCUGGGACAGAUAUCACCAAUAUGUCACCAAUCAGAAGCUGUUUUGGAGCACGGCCUGGACUUUUUCUAUCGUUAUCUGGGGGUUGGCCAUCUUCUGGGCGGCCGUCCCUCUGACUGGAUGGGGAGUGUAUGACUUUGAGCCAAUGAGGACGUGCUGCACUCUAGACUACACCAAAGGAGACAAAGACUACAUUACCUAUAUGGGAGCCCUGACAGUCUUCUACCUUAUCUUCCCUGCUUAUGUCAUGAAGUCCAACUACGACGCCAUUUACGCAUACUUCAAGAAGAUCCACAAGCACAGGUGGAACACCAGCGUACCACUGAGGGUUCUGUUGUUCUGCUGGGGACCCUACGAAGUCAUGUGUAUCUACGCCUGCUUUGGCAACGCCAAACUGGUCUCUCCAAAGCUGAGAAUGUUGCUUCCUGUUUUGGCGAAAAUGAACCCUAUUUUCAAUGCUUGGCUCUAUUCCUUUGGGAACGAGUUCUACAGAGGAGGGGUGUGGCAGUUCCUGACUGGCCAGAAGUUUACAGAGCCCGUCGUUGUGAAGUUAAAAGGAAGAUAAAGGAAGUUAUUGUUAGUUACAGUCAUAUAACUGGAACGGUCAGAGUUUCUAUUUCCAUUCUACUCAUUCUAAUUCUAUGGUUACAGUACCAUAAAUAGAAUUAGAAUGUUCCAUGUUCCAUUCUACUCAUUCUAAUUCUAUGGUUACAGUACAAUACAUAGAAUUAGAAUGUUUCAUGUUCCAUUCUACUCAUUCUAAUUCUAUGGUUACAGUACCGUACAUAGAAUUAGAAUGUUCCAUGUUCCAUUCUACUCAUUCUAAUUCUGUGGUUACAGUACCGUACAUAGAAUUAUAAUGUUCCAUGUUCCAUUCUACUCAUUUUAAUUCUAUGGUUACAGUACCAUACAUAGAAUUAGAAUGUUCCAUGUUCCAUUAAACCAUUUGAAUUCUAUGGUUACAGUACCAUACAUAGAAUUAGAAUGUUCCAUGUUCCAUUCAACCAUUUGAAUUCUAUGGUUACAGUACCAUACAUAGAAUUAUAAUGUUCCAUGUUCCAUUCAACCAUUUGAAUUCUAUGGUUACAGUACCAUACAGGCCAUAGAAUUAGAAUUUUCCAUGUUCCAUUCUACUCAUUCUAAUUCUAUGUUUACAGUACCAUACAGGCCAUAGAAUUAGAAUGUUCCAUGUUCCAUUCAACCAUUUUAAUUCUAUGGUUACAGUACCAUACAGGCCAUAGAAUUAGAAUAUUCCAUGUUCCAUUCUACUCAUUCUAAUUCUAUGUUUACAGUACCAUACAGGCCAUAGAAUUAGAAUGUUCCAUGUUCCAUUCAACCAUUUGAAUUCUAUGCUAAAGACCAUAUUCAAACAACAACAUCAUCAUCAUCAUACAAUCUCAUUGCAGUAGAUUUCACAUUGGAAGAAUGCUAUCUGUACAAGGUUGUAAAGUAAAUGUUAAUUCUUUAUUUAGUUGGUUUGGGAUACCAUAUGCCAAUGUAGCUUGACAAUAGCGAUAUGGUGAUUGUCCAUUCAAAUAGACUUUGGGGAGAGGCACCUGUUCUUAGGUUGAAUGAUGUAUCAUGAUUUACUAGAGAUAAAUGGCUAGACAUGAUUGACUAGACACUCAUUGACCUAUGUUUUAGUAGAAAUACCACAGUGCUCUUAAAAUGACAUGUUCAUGUUGAGUGAUUUCUUGAAGGAAGUAAGAACCAGUGUAAUCAACUGAAAGUGGAUGAGACUGAAUUUUAGUGGAGUCAUGAUAAUGUAAUACAGAUUUUAUAUCCAAUAGCU